GGGGGUGUUGCCCGUGGAUGACCGCUUCGGUGGAACGAGAUGCGCCUGCGCCCGGGCUUCGGGUCCGUUCCCAAGGGUUUAAGUCGGAAUCCUAAGCUUCCAGAAGCUACCUGUUGCGACCACGAUGGCCCCGAAAACUGCGGCCCGUAGAAUGAGUGGCAUUCCACAACCAACUGCCAGGACAACCAGGAAAAGAGAUGAGGACGCUGGCCCAGAUGUGGGAGAAGGGGCAGAUGAGUGGACUCAAGCCAAGAUGCUGCUCAAACCCCCAGACCAGUUGGAGCUGACUGAAGCUGAGUUAAAACAAGAAUUCACUCGUAUCCUGACAGCCAAUAACCCACAUGCUCCCCAAAAUAUCGUCAGAUUCAGCUUUAAAAAAGGGACGUAUAAACCUGUAAGUUUUAUAGACCAGCUAGCAGUCCACUUCAACUUGAUUGGGAACAUGAUCCCCAAAGACUCAGAUGAAGGCAGACGGCAGAAUUACCGAGCAGAGAUGACAUCAGAAAGUUCUCAGGAGGAUGUGGAGGUGCAACCCUCUGAAGCAGAAGGUGGUGGUGAAGGUGAAGAAGGUGGAGAAGGUGGUGAAGGUGGUGAAGAAGAACCGAAGGAAGCAGGAAGCCAAGAGGAGGUUCUGGCAGCUGAAGAAGUGGCAGAAGGGGAAGCAGAAGAGGUUAUUACCCUUAAAAAACCAGCAGAACGGAAACUCACCAACCAGUUUAAUUUUAGUGAAAGAGCAUCUCAGACGUUCAACAAUCCUUUACGGGACCGAGAGUGUCAAAUGGAACCUCCCCCUAGAGCAACCUUCUCUGCCACAGCUAAUCAGUGGGAGAUUUACGAUGCGUAUAUGGAUGAACUGGAGAAACAAGAAAAGACCAAGGAGAUGGAGAAGGCAAAAGGCCCAGUGGCUAAAAAAAUUGGGAUGAGGACAAGGAGGAAGAUGACCUCCCUGGAGUCCCAGAGUGAUGACAUAACCAAGGUGACCCAAGCAGCCAAAAUAGUGGAGCGGAUGGUCAAUCAGAACACGUAUGAUGACAUUGCCCAAGAUUUUAAGUAUUACGAAGAUGCAGCUGAUGAGUAUCGAGACCAGGAGGGCACUUUGCUUCCUCUCUGGAAGUUCCAAUAUGAUAAGGCGAAGCGCCUGGCCGUGACUGCCCUCUGCUGGAAUCCAAGAUAUAAGGAUCUGUUUGCAGUGGGGCAUGGCUCUUAUGACUUCAUGAAGCAAAACCGGGGCAUGCUGCUCUUAUACACCCUGAAGAACCCCAGCUUCCCAGAGUACAUCUUCAGCAGCGAGUGCGGCAUCAUGUGCCUUGACAUGCAUGUCAAGCACCCCUACCUGGUGGCCGUGGGCUAUUAUGACGGCAACGUCGCUAUCUACAAUCUAAAGAAGCCCCAGUCCCAGCCGUCCUACAAGAGCUCAGCCAAGUUAGGAAAGCACUCAGAACCUGUGUGGCAGGUCAGGUGGCAGAAGGACGACAUGGACAAUAAUCUGAACUUCUUUUCGGUGUCAUCUGAUGGGAGGAUUGUAUCCUGGACUCUGGUGAAGAAUGAGCUGAUGCACACCGACAUCAUCAAGCUAAAUGUGGAGGGCACCACAACUGAAGGUCCAGAGGAACUUAACGUGUACACAAUCGGCUGCGGGACGGCCUUUGACUUCCACAAACAGAUCGACUACUUGUUUCUUGUGGGCACCGAAGAGGGUAAAAUCUACAAAUGCUCCAAAACCUACUCAAGCCAAUUCCUUGACACGUUUGAGGCCCACAACAUGGCAGUGGAUGCAGUUACCUGGAACCCAUACCAUUCCAAAGUCUUCAUGUCCUGCAGCUCUGACUGGACAGUGAAAAUCUGGGACCACACCAUCAAGAAACCCAUGUUCGUCUAUGACUUGAAUUCUGCUGUGGGUGAUAUAGCUUGGGCCCCAUACUCCUCUACUGUCUUUGCUGCAGUCACCACUGAUGGGAAGGCCCAUGUGUUCGACCUGGUCAUCAACAAAUACGAGGCUAUCUGCAACCAAGCAGUAGUGGUCAAGAAGAAAAAUAAGAUUACCCAUGUGCAGUUCAAUGCCAUUCACCCUAUCAUUAUUGUCGGGGAUGAUCGUGGUCAGGUCACCUGCCUCAAACUCUCACCCAAUCUGCGGAAGAUGCCCAAGGAGAAGAAGGGGCAGGAGGUGAAGAGAGGCCCAGAAGUAGAGGUUGCCAAACUGGACAAACUGUUGAACCUCGUGAGGGAAGUGAAGAGCUGACCUGGGCUGUCCCCAGAUUGCAGCACCUCCGCUUCCUGACCUGACUGGGACAGCACUUGAUAUGUCUGAGACCAGGUGCCAGCCCUGGAUAACCCUUCCCCCAACCUGGCCUCCAGUCCACCCCCUAAAUUUAAACCCAGAUGUACCUUCCUCCCUCAGUGUUAAGGCCCACACAACGGCAGUGGUCGUGCAUCACGCAUCCCCAACUCCCGAACCCAUAACCAUACCCCUGAGCAACGUCAGUGGUCUCAGUCUCCUGAAGUAAAGGACCAAGAAAGAGAUCCCUGCAGAUGUGCCUUUGAUGGCUGUUAACUAUCCCCUCCCUUAUGGACACACAAAAGGUCACUGGCCCAGUAACCCUCAACACCCUCCCAGACAAAUAAACAGGUCUCAGAGUUUGCCUGCUUGGUUCCAGGGUUCUUUGCCCUGCCCAGACACAGACACUGUAAGAGACAGCUGA